AUGCAAGACAUAGUAAUGAGAGAAACUGAAUUGGCAAACCCUCAAAUAAAUGUGAACCAACCAGCUCAACCCAUCCCAACCAUGAGACCUAUAUCUUUUAGGGAUGUGAUCCAUAGCCAACAACCAAUUGGGGAAACAACAACACUAAAUGAAAGGGUGGACGAGGAUGAGGAUGUUUCCGAUGAUGACAUGGCUCUAGAAGAUUUGGUCGACGACCCUCGUUGCCCGGUGAUACUACUUUCUAAAGAGGACAAACAAAGGAUGAGAAGACCCUGGAAGAACGCCCUAAUUAUCAAGAUGUUCGAUGGAAAUUUGGGUUACAUGGGUCUCAUGAGAAGGUUGAAGAAGAAAUGGAACAUCAAAGGUGAACUCUCGCUAACAGACAUUGGGUGCAAAUAUUUUGUGGCCAGGUUCACGAAUUCGGCAGAUUACAACUUUGUCCUCUCUCAAGGACCAUGGAUGCUAGAUGAUAAUUAUCUAACAAUCAGGAAAUGGGUACCAAACUUUGUUCCAGAUGAUGAACCAAUUAAGGUACUAACCGCCUGGGUUCGUAUCCCAAACUUAUCAGUAGAGUAUUUCGAUAUUAACUUUCUCAAUAAAAUUGGUUCAAAAAUAGGCAAAGUCCUCAGAGUAGACAAAUCCACAGCACAGGCAGAUAGAGGAAAGUUCACAAGAUUGAGCAUCGAAAUAGACCUCACUAGACCUCUGCUCUCAAAAUUCUGGCUAAACGGAAAAAUCUGGAAGAUUCAAUACGAAGGUAUUCGUAUGAUAUGCUUCAAAUGUGGCACUAUGGGCCACAACGAUGAGGAAUGCCCAAAGUUCAAGCAACCAUAG